AUGCUACUCCCUCAGGUCCUCCGCUCACGGACGCACCUCGCUCGCCCUCUUCUCCAGCGCUCAAUUCGCCUCCACACACCACAUACCGUAGCGGGCGCGUCUCCUCUGCGAUGCUUCUUUGCUACUGUCUCGGAGGGAUCGGAGAGAUCGGAGGCCUCGGAGCCUGCUGUCCCGUCACCGUCUUCUUCGGUGGCGGCGGGAUUGGAGAGCUCUGAUAAUGCUCCUGCUACUAUCCCCACUACCCCCACUACUCAGGCUCAGGCGCAGACACCGGCUGAGACCCAGACACCAACACAAAUUGAAACCCAUACACAAACACAGACUGAAUCCCAGACACAAACACAGCCCGAGACUGUAGGGCAGGGCCAACAAGGAAUCCCUCUGCGGAAAACACUAUCUGGCGCGCCCAUCCGCCGAGUCCGCACCACUCUCCAAGAUCCUGAAGUAAUUUCCCGCACGGCAUUUUUUAUCCGCCGCUCUGGCGAAGAGGCCAGCUACCGCAUCAUCACGCUCGAGAGGCUGCUUGAAAUCUGCAGAGACCCCACAGUGGUGCCCAAUGAUAACAUCAUGAUCAGAAAGCUGGAAGUUAACCUGGAGAGAAAGGGCUUGCUCAAGGAGACGACGUAUUACAUCAAGCACAGCGACCUUGCAGAGGAACGGAGGUGGGUGGCGGCGGGAAGAGAAGGGCCAGGGUCGCAGGAGGAGGGGGAGGCGGCUGUAGGCAGGUCACCGGUUUUGGAGCUGUUGGAGGUGGCGGAUGUGGAAAGUGAUAGGAGUAAAUAUGUAGUUAUCAAUCAUAACGUGGCGCAUCUGGGGAUUGGUAUGCGGAAGCCGCGGCCAGGGCAGUUGAUGAAUCCGGUGGCGAGCUUCUACCCGCAGCGGAUAGCGGAGAAUAUGAAGGCUCUCAAGCUGGCAGGGACAAAUACACAUGUCAUGGUGGAGGUCACGGACGGAAAGUUCCAUGCCUACCCCAUCACCACCGCUCUCGGUAUUGUCGCCAACCAGAUCAGCAGACUCUCCCACAAUCUCGACAAGAAUUAUGUCAAGAAGUACUCCCAAGCGCGCGGGUUUUGGGAGGGCAAGGUCUAUAGGUCAAUGCUCGUCCAGCUCACGCAGGCAACAGAGUACGCAAACGCUAUAUUGCAAACCCCCAUCGACGAGCCCAUAUCAAUCACCUCGGCCGUCGCCGGUAAGCCAGAAACCAUCUCCCGCUACGACGCACUCGUGCUCUACUUUGCGGAGUCCGCAGAGGCAAUGCGAAAGCUCAAAAAGAUUGUGACGAACUCCACCCUGUCACGAGAGUCCGACGGGAUCAUAGAGGAUAAGGACGAACUCGAUGAGCUCGACAACUUUGCGGAGAUGGAGCUCCUUAAUAGAAGGAUUAUAGAUAACAUUAAGGCGAUCAAGGCCAUGCCGGAAGUAGCUGGCCGGGUUGUGGUCGAAAGAUUCACAGGCCCGUCCUCCAUGCGCCCGGUCAGCGCCCUGGAACUGGUCUUAAGACAGAUGGCGAAUAAUAUGGAGAAUAUCGAGAACGAGGUUAGAAACAUCACGAAACCCCGCCCUGUCGUCGUGCGCUAUGUAAAUGCGCUCCCUUACCCGCGAGCUGCGGCGGCGGCCGUGCUGGCGCAGAAGCAGGAGGCAGAGGAAAAAACUAGGCUUAUAAAAUUCGUAAGGUCGAGCUCGCCGCCGCUGCCGACAGAGGGCGCCCCCCCCAUACGAAACAUCCACUGUGACAGUGGCGUCUCCUCUACCCGCAUUACCACCUCCAUACCCGCACCCGUCACAACUACCACCAUCCCCGGCGGCAGCAGGGAAUACUCAACCGCAAACAUCACCUUCCGCGGCCUCGAGAUGCGGCGCAAGGACUUCGUCAAGAACAGGAACGCAUUCGGCAGGAUCAUCCCUGUGGACGCACCGCCGCCCAAGGAGGGGCCCAUCGUUGUCAAGGAGGGCACGAUCAGGCACAAGCUGCAGCUGGCGGAGCAGAAGAGGCUGGAGGCGAUGCAGGGACUGGGGUAUAGUCUGAUGGCCGCGUCGCAGCUGGGCGGGUCGGGCGCGGGCGCGGGCGCGGUGGCGGAGGUGAUGAUGAAGGAGGGUGAUGGCGGUGGGGUGAGCACCUGGGAGGGCACGGGCGAGUUUGGCGGGCUUAAUGAUGAGAGCGGGCUGACGCCGCUGAAGAAGGGCGAUUUGUGUGAGCUUCGAAUGAGCGGCGGUGCCCGUGUCGCAAUCUACCUCCGCCCCAGCCCCAACGGCCAACCCACCUCCGACUUCCUCCUUGAAAGCGGUGAGCGAGCCAUGUACGCUGCCGCGCGAGUAUCAUUCGCCAUCCCGUCCUUCAUCAGCGAGAAGAAAGCGGCCGAGAUCAUCCACACGGUAGACAUCAUGCGCUCCAACACCGACCUUCCUCCGCAGCGCCACAGCGAGCUGGUGCUGCCGCGCUCGACGAUGGCGGACGUGAUCCAGAAGAUGCGGACCUUCUCGGACAAGUCGCGGGCGCUGUAUGCGGACGAGAAGGCUAACUUUGUGAAGCUGUAUGAGCGUAUGGCGCUCGAGGGGGAGGACACGGAGCUCACGCUGUUUGAGGCGGCCGAGGAGAUCUUUGGGCAGGCGUAUGGUGAUGAGCAGCUGUAUACGACGCAUCUGGCGCUCAUGGAGGACGGCGUGCGGUACCUGACGGAUAAGGGCGCGCACAGGGCUACGAGCACGUUCAAGGUUAGGGCGAAGAGGGAUGUGAGGAUGAUUGAGUUUGUGACGGAGCAGGUCCGGCUGGGGACGGGUGCGGAGAAGGAGGCGGAUAAGAUUGUGUUUAAGAAGUUGAAGGAGCAGGUGCCGCUGCUGGAGAGCUUUGCGAGAAAGGCGAGGCACUUGAUCGAUAUUAGUCGGAGGAACACGGAGAAGGACUUGCGUGCGAAGGAGGGCCCGGUCACGAGGGUGCCGGUGAAGGAGGUGCAGUGGGACGAGAACGAUAUCAAGUUUAUUGACUACAUCAAGGCGGGCGUGCUGCAGUACGGAUCGCAGUCGGUGCCAAUGGACGGCCUGGUGCCCGUGAUUCUUCGAGCGGUGAAUCGGUAUGAGGGCGAGCUGGACAAUAUCACCGCCUUCCAGUUCAUCGCCGACAUUGGCGCCUGGAAUAAGUGGGAGGACCUUGCACUGCGUCAGAAGAACAUUGCGUUCCCGGGAAUGGGCACGUCGCGCCAGGCCGACGAGGACCAGAAGCGCCUGAACGUGGUGAAUGGGCCGAAGGGCGUCGAGAAGCUGGAGCUCGUCGACGCGAUGAAGGAUAUCCGCAAGGACUGGGGCCGCAUGGAGGUAUUUGCCAUUGACGACAUCACGGCGCACGAGAUUGACGAUGGCAUCUCGCUGGAGAGGAUCGAUAAGGAGACGAACUGGGUGCAUAUCCAUAUUGCGAACCCCACGGCGUGGCUGCCGCCCAAUCAUUGGCUCUCGGACUUGGCGUUCCGAAGGAAGCAGUCGCUGUAUCUUCCGAACCAGGUGCUGCCCAUGCUGCCGGUGGCGCUGACGGAUAAGAUCGGGCUGGCGUCGGGCAGGUGCGUCAUGACGAUGAGUGCGAAGGUUAACAUGGAGGGCGAGGUGCUCGACUUUAACCUGCAGUCUGGGUUCGUGAGGAACGUGAAGCGCUUCACAUAUGAUACCGUCUCGGCGGCGCUGGGCUACCAUCAGUCUGAGUACACGAGCUUUGAGAUUGGAAAGUUCCCAAAGCCCCCGAGGAAGGACACGGCGAAGCCGGACGAGCGCCAGAUCAAGGACCUGAAGACGCUCAACGACAUUGCGCUGGCCUUCCGCAAGAAGCGCGUGCGGAACAACCUCAUCAACGUUAUCACGCCCCGCGUCAAUGUCGAGGUGUACACAGGCCUCAAACCCUUCGUACACCCCACGACCUCCACCAUGCCGUACCUCUACCGCGGCCACCCGGCAAUGCGCUUCAGCAUCGAGUCGUCCACGGCGAGCGAUGACGGCUCGCACUUCCUCGUCUCGGAGAUGAUGCAGCUGGCCAACAGCAUCACCGCAAAGUUCUGUGGAAAGCACAACAUCGCCGUCCCUUUCCGCGUCAUGGAGUACGACUACGACCGCGCCGACCUCGUCGCUUCAUACAAGAACAAGAUCCUCCCCGCGCGCAACGAGCUCGGCAGCGUCAAGCCAGAGCUCGGAAUCCAGUACAUGAUGCUCAUUGGCAAGACGCGGAUCAGCGCAUCCCCCAGCCCGCACAGACUCAUGGGCCUCGACGACGGCUACAUCCGCGCCACCUCGCCGCUGCGCAGAUACUCGGACAUGAUCACGCACUGGCAGAUUGAGUCCUUCCUGCUCGGCAAGGAGCCGCGCACGCAUAAGCAGAUCACGCCGUUUGCGCUCGAGCUCGAGCGCGGGGAGCGCCUCUCGGCGUUUACAAUGAAGGAGAGUAAGCGCUUCUGGGCGGCGGUGGCGAUUAAGCGGUUGAUGGAUCUGAAGGACCCGCAGCUGCCGAAGACGCUGACGUUUAUGGUCAUGGAGAAGGUGCCGCAUCCGAGUAUGAGUAUUGGGCUGGUGUGGGAGCUGGGGAUGGCGGGCAAGGUUGCGUAUGAGAAUUCGGCGCAGGAGAUGGGCGUGAGGGCGGGGGAUACGUUGGAGGUGGAGCCGAUGGUGGCGGUGCCGGGGGAGAGGAUGGUGUGGUUUAAGUAUAGGAGGAUUAUUAAGAGGAGGGAGUUGGAUGAUGUGUUUUUGUGA